CGCCGAUUUUCUAUGCCCCAUUUUUCCCACCACAUCCGAACCCAAUCAACUGAAAAACUCCCCAUUAUCACUUCUCUGUUUCUGAAACCCACCACCACCAUCUUCGAUUCUCAAAAAUGCACCCAAGAAUGUUCCACAUAUUCUCUCUUCCCUUCGCCUUCUUCAUCACCAUUUCCUGCGCAUCACGCUCGGAGUGCUUCUCCAUCGAUUUCCCGGCUUUCACUCUCAGAAACCUCACCCUUCUUGGAGACUCGUAUCUCAGAAACGGCGUCGUAGGGCUCACCAGAGAGCUUGGCGUCCCGUCAUCAAGCUCCGGCUCCGUCAUAUACGACAACCCAGUUCGUUUCUUGGAUCAAGAAUCCAACACCACUGCCUCCUUCUCCACAAGAUUCUCUUUUUCAAUCGAUAACGUCAACCCGGCGUCAUUUGGGGAUGGGUUGGCCUUCUUUUUGGCCGCCGACAACCAGACGUUGGGGAGUCCCGGCGGGUUCUUGGGUCUGGUCAACUCAUCGCAGCCGACCAAGAACAAGUUUGUGGCUGUGGAGUUCGACACGAAGCAGGAUUUGGAGUUCUCCGAUCCAGACGGGAACCAUGUGGGGUUGGAUCUCGACAGCCUCGUCUCGAUCAAGACUGCGAACGCGAGUUUGGCAGGUAUUAAUCUCAAGUGUGGGAAUGUGAUCACGGCUUGGGUAGAUUACAAGAACGAAGAGAAGAAGGUGGAGGUGUUCUUGAGUUACUCGAGUUUCAAGCCUGAAACCGCUUUGCUGCAAGUACAGGUCGACCUCUCUGAGUUCUUGCAAGAGUUUAUGUUUGUGGGUUUCUCGGCUUCGACGGAAGGAAGCACAGAGUUGCAUUACAUCGAGAGUUGGAGCUUCGAGACCUCCGGAUUUAGGGAUUCGAGGCAAAGAAUUCUCCCAAACAACGUCGCCGUCCCCUUGAAGCUGCCUCCCAUUCCGCCGCCGCCGCCGGCAGACUCAGCCGGAAGCAAUCGUGGCAAGAACCUCCGACUGGGUCUCGGAAUUGCAUUUCCAGUAUUCUUCUGCGCUCUUAUUCUUCUUGUUAUGUUCGUCCGUUUGUUUUCUGUGAAUAGGACGAAGAAGAGGGAGAAGGUGUUCAAAGCAGAGGUUAAGACGGGUCCCAGACAAUUCACAUACAAAGAGCUAAGAGCGGCCACAAAAGGGUUCAACCCCGGGAGGAUCAUAGGUAGCGGAGCGUUUGGGACGGUUUACAAGGCCAUUUUCGAAAACUCGGGAAACAUAGCGGCUGUGAAGAGAUCGAAACAUACACACGAAGGCAAAGCGGAGUUCAUGGCAGAACUAUCCAUCAUAGCAGGGUUGAGACACAAGAACCUGGUUCAACUGCAAGGGUGGUGCGUGGAGAAGGAUGAAUUGCUGCUGGUGUAUGAGUUCAUGGCGAACGGGAGUCUGGAUAAGGUUCUAUACAAGGAGGGGGGUACUGAAAACCCGCUGAAAUGGGGGUAUAGGUACAACAUAGCUGUGGGUUUAGCUUCAGUUCUUACAUACCUGCACCAAGAAUGUGAACAGCAGGUUAUCCACAGAGACAUAAAAACGAGUAACAUAAUGCUGGAUUCAGGAUAUAACCCGAGGCUAGGGGAUUUCGGGCUGGCGAGGCUAAUGGAUCACGCUGACAAAAGAAGCAGCAGCCCGUUGGUUUCAACCUUGACGGCUGGUACCAUGGGGUACCUGGCACCAGAGUAUCUGCAGUAUGGGACUGCCACUGAAAAGACUGAUGUGUUCAGCUACGGUGUUGUUGUGCUAGAAGUAGCUUGUGGGAGGAGGCCUAUCGAAAAGGAAGGGGUAAACUUGGUAGACUGGGUGUGGAGGAAGCACUCUGUUGGGAGGAUCAUUGAUGCUGCAGACACAAGGCUUGCAGCAGCAGAUAGAGGGGAGUUUGAAGAAGAGGAGCAGUUGAAGAAGCUGUUGAUUGUGGGGUUGAGUUGUGCUCAUCCUGAUGCCAAUGAAAGGCCUUCAAUGAGAAGGGUCUUGCAAAUACUUAAUAAUGAGGCUGAGGCCCUGGAUGUUCCUAAGGCCAAACCUACUCUCACCUUCUCUCAUAGUUUGCCACUUAGUAUUGAUGAAAUCAUCUUUUCUUCUUCUUCCUCUUCAUCAUCUUCAAAGGAUGUUGUCCCUGAAGAAGAACAAGAAGAUUGUGGCAGGGUUUCUGGAGGAAGUUGCUACCUAGAGAUCAAACUGCUGGAUCACUCUUCCUCUUCCUCUUCUUCUCAUAAGCAGCCCCAGCAUUUGCAGCUAGGUUUGGAUGAUGAUGGGAUCUUUUCAGAGGCUGGAAGUCCCUUAGAGAUCCGACUCGAUCUAAACCCGCAAAGAGAUUCUUUCCCAAUAUACGACGAUGACAACUUUGACAAAUAAAGGCUGGCUGGAACUAAUGAUAGUUUGCUCAUUCAUUUGUUCUUUCACACAGUUUGUAAGAUGAUAUGAUGUCUUUUUAAGAAUGACUCAGGGGCUGCUGAGUUCAAGUUAUUCCAUUGAACUCACUAACUACUCAAUCUAGUUAUAAUGCUCAUUCUGGUCUGUUUUUCUGCUGCUUCUUUUUUUACCUAUUUUACGGCUAGCUAGUAAAUAAAUGCCUGUCGCAUUUUUCUUUCCCAGUGAGAAAUCUAGCUUUCAAGAUUGAAAC